UCAACAAAAAAACGGAAACUGUUGAACACAUCUUCAUGCAAUGCCCAAUCGCCCAAUUCAUAUGAAGAUGGUGGUAUCGCGUUUAGAGAAAGAUGGAAUCCACAACUCCUUGGCCUUUGUCCUGACAAACCAUAUUGUCCGGUCACUGGCCACAGGCAGAAGCUGCCACAACCUUCAUAGAGAAUAUGUUCCGACUUGGAAGGAGAGCAGUGAUAUGGACACUCUGGUGGCAGCGAUGCAUGCUUGCCAUGGAAAAGGUGCUGAUUGGGCAGCAAAAGUGGAAACGGAGGAGGAGGAGGAGGAGGAGGAGAAGAAGGAGGAGGGAGGAGGGGGGGAGGCGGAGGAGGAGGAGGAGGAGAAGGAGGAGGGAGGAAGGAGUAGGGGGAGAGGCGGAGGAGGAGAGACUCUCAUCAUUGACAUCUCCGGCGGAGCUUUGCCAGGGGGAGACGACGAUGGCGGCCACACACACGUUCCAUAUCCCGACGAGGUCGAUCGGGAUCAAGACUGCCACUGCAUUAUGGAGGGCUCUAGAAGGCAAGCCGCUCGGAGCAUGAUUAACUCAUCUGCCACAGCAGGCUGCUAGUCUUGUGCUUGUACAUAUAUACUAUCAGUGUGUGUGUGUGUGUGUGUGUGUGUGCAUGCAUGUGUGUAUUCGUGUGUGUGUCUGUGUUUGUGUGUGUGUGUGUGUGUGUGUGUGUGUGUGUGUGUGUGUGUGUGUGUGUGUGUGUGUGUGAUCGAUCCUCUUUCAUCGUCUUUUACAGUCCUUUUGACUGGAAAUGAUGGCGUGCACAUCGCACGCUCUCUUCCAAGGAGAGUUGUGCAAACCUGUGGUCCCUACUCCGGUCCCGCGAGCAGGUGACUCUCGUAAAGUGGUGUCAACAACGUUGGAAGGGUCUUUGGCAUCCUCUUUUCGCACGUCAUCCGAGGUCCACUGCUGCUUGUCUUCAACCUCGCCAUUAUCGUUGUCGUCCUCAUCAUAUUCUGUUCCGUCGACUGUCUCUCACUCAAACCGCCGGAAAUGCCGACAACAGACAGGCUCAUUGACAACGGGUAGUCGAUCGGUGAGUGCCUCUCUGCGUCCCUUUAAUUCCAAACAG